CUACUCGCGUACCCUUUUGGACAACCCUAUAAAUUCUCCGUUCCGCGAUGUAGGUUGCUGGAAGAUAAUUUUUCAUUAAGCACAAUAAAUAUACAGUUCACCUUUACCAAACCUAAGCCGACAAUAUCUAAAAACAGUGGGUAUCGCCACUGUAUAACAGGGCACGCCACCACUAAACUUAUUAGUGAAAUAGGUUAUUUCAGUUUGGGCCCAGUGAACAACAAACGCUUAUCAAGCAAAAAUAUCGGUAUAAUUUGCAAAAUAAUCAAUCAGAAUGGGUGUACCUAAAUUCUUCAGGUACACAAGUGAGAGGUACCCUUGCCUCAACGAGCUGGUGAAGCAGUAUCAGAUACCAGACUUUGACAACAUGUAUUUAGACAUGAAUGGAAUAAUUCACAACUGUUCACAUCCUGAUGAUUCAAACCCACAUUUCCGUAUAACAGAGAAGAAGAUUUUCGAAGACAUCUUCCAUUACCUAACCAUACUGUUUCAAAUUAUUAAGCCUAAGAAAUUAUUCUUUAUGGCUAUUGAUGGUGUUGCUCCUAGAGCAAAGAUGAACCAGCAGAGAGGCAGAAGGUUUAGAUCAGCAAGAGAAGCAGAGAAGUUAGAAGAAGACGCCAGAAACAAAGGCGAAACACUGCCAUCGGAGAAGCGCUUCGACAGCAACUGCAUCACGCCGGGCACCGUGUUCAUGGCUCGUCUACACGAACAGCUCAAGUACUUCGUCAAGUCCAAGAUUUCCACCGACCCCCUCUGGGCUAAAGUCAAGGUCAUACUAUCUGGACAUGAGACGCCUGGAGAAGGUGAGCACAAGAUAAUGGACUACAUCAGAUGGUCGCGGUCUCAGCCGGACUACGAUCCCAACACGAGACACUGUCUGUACGGACUGGACGCUGAUCUCAUCAUGUUGGGCAUGUGCACACACGAACCGCAUUUUGCACUGCUUAGAGAAGAGGUAAAAUUCGGUAAAAGUACAAAUCGUGCGACGUGCCCCGAAGAGACUAAUUUCUACCUCCUACAUUUAUCGUUGUUAAGAGAAUAUUUAGAACAAGAGUUUAUAUCUAUUAAGGACAAGCUGCCGUUUCAGUACGACUUGGAGAAAAUUGUCGAUGACUGGGUGCUAAUGGGAUUCUUAGUGGGCAAUGACUUUAUACCCAACUUGCCCAACAUGCACAUUAGUAACGAUGCCUUGCCUGUCCUAUAUAGUACUUACAUGAAAGUGCUGCCUACUUUAGACGGUUAUAUAAAUGAGUCUGGAGAUCUGAACUUGAGGAGGUUUGAAGUGUUCAUGCAGGAACUUGCCAAGAUCGACAUGGAGAAGUUUCAGGACACAUAUGCAGAUCUUAAGUUUUUUGAAGCCAAGACUGGCAGGAGGCCUAAUGCUAAUGAGAGGAAAGAUUACAAGCCAAAUAAUGACGAGACGUUCAAUGUAAACGUUGAGGAUAUCAAAGCAAAUAAACCAGAUGACGAGCUUCAAGCAUUGAUCAAUGCGACGGAGGACAUGUUUAUGGACGAUAUGGAAAUAGAAAAUGAAGAUGAAGAGUACGAAGAGACUAGUGAUGAGGAAGCUAAUAUGGCAAUGGAAUUCAUAUUACACAAAAAGGAUUACUAUAUGAACAAAUUAGACUAUUCUAAAGUCACAGAUGAAGUGCUAGCUGAUCAAGCAGAAGGCUACGUACGAGCGAUUCAAUGGAAUCUGUUCUACUAUUACAAAGGGUGUCCGUCUUGGUGUUGGUACUACCCACAUCAUUACGCACCCUAUAUCUCAGAUAUUAAAGGAUUCGCAGAUCUAAAGAUUGAGUUUGAACUUGGAGAACCUUUCAAACCUUUUGAGCAGCUCUUAGCAGUAUUACCAGCAGCGAGCAAACAGCUCCUACCAGCUCCGUUCCACGCGCUGAUGACGGACGAGGACUCCCCCAUAGUCCACUACUACCCCAUCAACUUCGAAACCGAUCUCAACGGGAAGAGAAACGACUGGGAAGCUGUCGUACUCAUACCCUUUAUCGAUGAGGUAAAUCUUCUUUCGGCCAUGGAGCCCUGUUAUCAAAGACUGACGGAAGAAGAGAAAAGUCGGAAUGCACAUGGACCUAUGUUAGUGUAUAAUUGGACUCAAAAAAAUCUAGGCGUAUUAUUAGCGCCUCAACACUUCGAUGCGAUCGCUGAAUGCCACGCUACAGAGACUCAAGUAUGGAGACAAGAGUUAGAAGUCCCCGACAAUAUGUUGAAGAGAGGAAUGCUACCUAAUGCUAAGAGGGACAUGCUGUUCCCUGGGUUCCCUACUAUGAGGCAUCUUAAGUAUGAGACAAGUAUCAAAAAGGGUAAAGUAAAAGUAUUUGAUCAGCCGUCUCGCAAUGAGAACAUGAUAGUAGAGAUAAUAAGAGAAUCGGAGACCGAAGACCCAAUCACUGAAGUAGCUAAAAAAAUGCUAGGAAAGGUCAUAUGGGCCGGCUGGCCACAUCUCACUAGGGCUAAAGUAAUAUCAGUAUCGAACGAUAAGUUGAGACUCCACCACAUCGACCAGCAGAACAACAACCCGGACGGCUCGCCCAACUACUCCACGGAGACCAACAGUGGGAACCUACAUAAACAGUGGAUCAGUGAACGAUCCACUAUUAUUGAACACAAUAUGAAUCGACUCGGCAUUGAAUUGGGUGAAGUGACAACGAUCAUUCAUGCGGUCAAUUUGAAAGGUUUCAAAUACAUGAUCCAAGACAACGUGAAGAUGGUAGAAGAACCGGAGUGGUGCACCAUCCCUUGCGGGUACGCGUUGCAGGCUGUAGUGACGGACGUCACCGCGCAUAUAUUGCAGGAGGGGGGACGCUUCAGUACGCUACAGGAGGCGUAUCCGAACGGGGACUCCGUCUUCUUACUCACGCAAGGACAACAUUAUGGAGCUCAUGCUACUGUAGUGGAAUCGGAAUCGAUCCGCAACGGUCGUAUAAAGGUGUUAGUAGUGGAGCGUCCGGAGCCCGUCCCGCGCGCCCAGUCGUGCAGCACGCCCUACCGCACCGCCAACCACGCCGCCGCCGCCUGUGGUGUAUCAGCACAGACGUUAUCCCGUAUAACUGGCACGAUACUGGUCGUCCCGGGAGAACGACACGACCGGCCUACUGAACAACUCAACAAACUCAACAUCGGACUCAAUUUGAAGUUUAAUAAAAAGAAUCUCGAAGUAGCCGGCUAUACACGUCGCUGUAAAGUGACCAAUACGUGGCUAUACUCCGAGCGUUGCAUAGAACUAGUGCUAGCGUACGAGAAAAAGUAUCCUGAGAUCUUCGACGUUAUCAGCUCGGGAAAACAGAGCAAGGAUACAUACUUCGAAAGUGAUUUCUACCCACAAGAUUUUAGUAGUAACAAAGCACAAGAUAUAGCGCAGUGGAUAAAGGCGCAGGCCCACACCCGCGCCGCGCGCCGCGAGUGUGGGUCGGAGGCGCUGGAGCCCGACGAGAUGCGGGCGCUCGCCGCCGACCUGCGCGCCCAGGCCGCCGCGCUCUGCGGGCCUGACAAGACGCACUCCAUCCAGGUCAAGUGGAACUUGCUAUAUAAGCCGGAGCUCCACAGCGGCAACCUGUGUCCGGACCCGAGGGCAGACUUCCGUCUGUACGACCGCGUGGUGUGCGUGGCGCGGCACAUCACGGUGCCGCUGGCCGCCGCCGGCACCGUCGUCGCCGUCUGCAGCCCCGGGCCCAGUAAUACGGUCCGACUGUCCGACAAACUUAAUGCAGACCCCUCAUACCUCGUCAUGUUCGACCAACCCUUCCCCGGAGCCAUGACUGAGGAUCUCUUCGAAGAGGCACGGUUUUACAGGAUGACGGCGAACAACAUGUUGAACUUGUCGUACGGCCGCAAGCUCCGUACCGCGGCGCCGCCCGUGGUUCCCGCGGACAGUUUCAUUCCACAGCGGCCACAGAAACAACCCACACACAACAUACUGCGCAGGGAGGACGGACAUAAUUCUGCUUUUGCUAACUAUAGUCCGCCUGGAGACAAGGCAGUGUCGCCGGACGGCCGCAACCACAACGCUUCUGUUGCGAGCAACGGAUCACCCGGGCGGAAUAGCGCGACAGAUUUACUGAAAAGUCUUCUGAAAAUCAGCGAGGAUCCUGAAGUUAAGAAGAGCAAGGAAACUCCGACAUCUGAAAAUACUCGCAACUGGCGAGCGAAGAACGACAAUACACAGUCGACUGCUGUCUAUCCUCAACAGAGGGGUCCGCCGCCGCCUCAGAACUGGCGCAAAGAGAACGCAUCGCUCGGCAACAACAACCGACAGCCACCUGUCUUCUCUAACUACAAGAACCAGGCCGUUCCCUCCUUCCCGCCGUUUCCAACCUUCGGCCAACCCUACCCAGUUCCGAACCAGAUCCCGUUCCCCCAGUUCCAGAACCCCCACUUCCAACGCAACCAACAAUACAACAUGCCACGGAACCAAGGAUCCCACAAUAGGAGCUUCGAACCCACACAGAACAGGGGCUUCGAACAAUCACAGAACAGGAGUUUGGAACCAACUAACAUCAGGAAUUUGGAACCAAUCCAUAACAGAAAUUUCGAUCAACAACCACAGAACCGGAAUUUGGAUCCACCACAGAACUUCCCCAAACAUUUGCCCAGCAUUAGCGCUGUUGGACCCAACAUCACGUUGGGACCAAGUUGGCACCAACCUACUAAUCCACCUAAUACACAGAACCCGAGGUCGCCUAACGCUAACAGACCUCCCCCACAAACCAGCAACGACAAAGUCAGCAAUCCAUUCGUACCAUUACAAGUACAAACCAGGCGUGUCUCCCACCCCGGUGGCUCGUCAAGUAAGCAGGAUUUGGGUCAGUCGUCGUCACAGAAGUCGACAUUACCCAAGCCACAGCCCACGACUGCACCGAUAAAUCAACAGAACCAGGGCCAAACUGCGAAACCAACAAAGAAGAAGAAAAAGUCAAGAAUAGCAGCCAACCUGCCUUUCCAAAUAGAUUAAAUUUAUUUUAGUUAUAAUACAGAUUAUAUAGGGUGUUGACUUACCACCAUUCUAGACGUUUCAACUGCAUUAAUUGUUGAAACUUCAAAAGUAGAAAUAGUAUUUUUGCUGUUCCUACUACCAAAUCCAUUGUAGACCUUAUUUCCGAUGUUUAGAGACUAUUUUUGUAUAAACGCAAUCGACCUUUAAUUUGUUAGAGCGUGUGUUUCCCAAAGGGUAUCUGUUUUAACCUGGGAAUCUUCAAGGCCCGAGUGAAUAGGUUGUUAGUCGUGCUCCAUCGUAUGCCGUAUCAUCGUUUACCACUAGUCGAGAGAGUGGUCAAACGCCCAUGACAUAUAAAAAUGGCAGCAAUUAUGUGUUUAAAUGUCAUUGUCUAGGGGAAUAUAUAGUUUUCGAUGUAUAGAUUAUUAUUGUUGUAGUGACAUAGAUUUAUAUUCAUUAGGUAUAAGUAAAUAAAAUCUGAAGUAUACAAGUGGGUAAGUCACCACCCUAUCUCCGAUUGUGACCUCUGCUCAUAGUGUAGGCAGUGUUCCUAAAUAUUAAUUCUUAUUAUUUAAGUUUAGGUAUCAAAUUGUACCUAUUGACAUAUCAAAUGGGAACUUAAGACCUUCAAGAGAGAUGUGACCUUGUCUAUUUACUCCUAGUUUCUGAAAGGUUGAUCAAUGAGAAUUUAAUAUUUAUUAAAAUAUUAAGUCUUAGAAAUAAAAUUGAUUUCAAAUGAAAUCUCAUGAAGUUAAAUCGAUUUUAAGAAACUUAUCGGUUCACUUUUAAUAUUGCACUAGACUGGAAUUCAGUCGACCCAAACGUGCGUUGUAUGCAGUCAUUCGCACUUGGAACAAAUACAUACUUGUAUUAUGGAUUUUAGGGAAUAUAUUGUGUAAGGAUAUAAUGUGAAAUUCAUGUUGAUAUUUGGAAAUAAGGUUCUAAUACGGAAGCUUAAGCACAAUUUUAGAGUGACAUGGAUCCCUUUCAGAAAUCUGGAGUGAUUUAUUUGAUAAUAAUUUAGUUUUUAUAUUAUAAAUUGUAUUUUAUUAAUUGAACAUUGAAGCCUGCACUAAGACUGAGCUCAAUCUAUUUAUAAGUUUGACUUUGAACUGAGCUUACGAUUGAAAAGGAAAGAAAAAAAUAGGAAAAGCAAAUUUCCGAGGUGAGAAAUAAAAGUUUGGUACAUGCCUGGAUUAAAUAAUGAAAUCUUGUAAAUUUUGUAAAUAUUAUGAAGUUUUAAGAAUCUGUAAUGAAUGAGUGUGAUCAAUUUGUUUAAAUGUAAUAAAAUAAAGUUGAGAGUAUACGUUCUGGUUGAUACCGGACUAAAGUAUUAUCUUUUCGAGAGUUAUCAUUAAAUGUGAGUGAGAUUUGUGGCGCAAAUUGGGAUAAAUAUUGAAAUGUUAAACGGAUAGUCGGCCAAGUCAUUUAGUAUACACCUAAGAAAUCAAAGAUUGAUCCAGAGACCAGAACAGACACAGUAAUGUUACACAUAAUUGCAUGUUUUAACAAAAGCCAGAUCUUUUGUAUCCAUUGCUUGGUUCAGUAGCCAAGCAAUGGUCUAUAUCAAUAUUGUACUGAAUCAAUCAUUGUUUUCUAAGCUACAUACUAAAUAACUUAGCUGGAUAACAGAUCGGCAAGUUACAUAGUUCCUCAAAUCACCUUAUUAUGUAAGGUUCUCCCGCGUCAUAGACGUUAACAAUUGAAUUAUUUUCUUUUCACUCAAGUACAGAGAGAAUAUUUUUCUACACUCACCUGUUUACUUCCUUUUAUUUUUCAUGAGGAAGGCAGAUGUGUUAAUUUAAUUUGAAUCUUAAAGCCUGUUUUGCUAGAGCCGAUUCUUUACUGCCGCCUUAAGACAGGAUAGAAGAUGUAUUCUAUCUCACUUAGGUCUACGCUUCAGUAAGUAAACUGCGGUUAAGUUUCUUUCAGCUUGAUUAACUAAAAUUUAUAUGAGAGAUACGUACGUUUAACUGGCAGUUGGACUAACUGAACAGAACUUAACUGAAGGCAGUGAAAGGGCGCCUUAGUAUGACUAAUUUUGUGCAAAUUACUUAUCCAAUUACUAUUAUUAUUUGUUUAAGCAACAACAUAUUUAACACGUAUUAAAAUACGUCAUAAUCUCGCGUUCUCAACCGAAGUAACAUAGUGUGAAGAUAAAUAUACAUUAUUUAAUGUAUUCACAAUUUAAAGCCUUUGUUGAUGAAUGAGAUGACUUGACGAGUUAACGUGGUGUGUUAUUAUUGUAAUCUCGAGGUGAAACAACUCUGUACUUAAUUGCAUGUUGAGAAAACAAUGUUUUUUUAUUACUAUCGGUUUUUACGCAUUUUGAGUCGUUACUGCCUUGUAUUAGGUGGAUUAUAAAGUCGCGUGCCCAUUGUCUAUGUUAGGCAAAUAUUUUAAUCUUGGUGGUUCGAAAUUCAAAGAUGUCGGUCGUGUGCGCGACCUCUCUCCAGUCAUGUCACAUGGCCAUCUGAUCUUGAAUCAGGUAUCAGUUGAUACCUUCACUAUAGUAAUAAAUCCUCCUUGGUUCUCUAGUCUCUAUUGAGAUCAAUUUCCAUUGACCAUAUUUAUUUCUUUUUUAUGGAAUAGGGUGACAAACGGUAAUAGAUCACCUGAUGAUAAGCGUAAGCAAUCCCUAAUACUCGCAACACUAUUGUAAUUAUUAGUGUGUUGCGGACCAUCGUCUAGGUGAUGUUGCGAGUGUCCUAUAUUAUGGACACCCGUAAAACCAAUGCAAUAUUUUUUAUUUUAAUAUCCGUCUGGUAGAUUAUUUUAAAACAUGAGACCCGUUUGUUUCUUUCCUAAACAAAUACUUUCGACGAUAUUUUGAUUUGAAAUAUCGCGUGACGUCACUUCUAGGUGCGUUUUGUACGUAGAAAUGACGUUUUAGCUCCCACUUCCAAACUUGAAUUCAUUAUGGAAAAAUUAAAAAAUACGUGUCUAAUAUUUUUUCAUCACCUGACUGACGGACUUAGAUUUUUCAUUUUCAUACCCUGUUAUCCUGUUUACAAUAGCGUUGCUCGCUAUUGUGGUAAUAUAUUUGUUUAAAGAAACGAAUGGUGCUGGUAUUAAUUGGAACCCUGCCUUCCUCAAUUAACCAAAAUCUAAGUUCAACUUCCACGUGUAGACUUUAAUAGUACAAAGUACUUAGACAAUUAUAAAUGAAUCUAUUUUUCUCGUCUAUAAAACAUUUCCCUAAACCCGUACCUUUUAAAUUGUAGUUGCGAAAUAGCCUCGUAAUAAUUGUUAUGCAUAAAUACUCCAUAAAUGUAAACUAUAAAAUAAAGAAAUAUAAACUAUGUUUCCAGUCUAUUCAAGCAAUUUUGAACUCUAUUCCAUGUUGUGUUGGUUUCAUAAUUGUUUAUACUGGUUAGAGUUCAUUUUUGUAUGAAUUGACUAUGAUAAAAUUUAUUGUUAUAGUAUCAAAUGUUAUUUUUUCAUUUGUCUCUAAAUAAUAAACUGAUUUUGAUUGAUUUCAGAUACAUUUUGUAUGAUAUUCUAUAUUUCUGAACUCUUCGUUUGUGUAUAUAAAGUUGAGUUUCAAUAAAUAUUUCAAGUUUCAAUAAAAGUUAAAUUAUAAUUUUACCUACAUCAUGUUUCGGCGACUGCAUUCGGUUGGACAAAUAAUUUGUUAUCAAUUAUCGUACAAAAUGUAUCACCAAAGAUUCAAGUGUUCUAGUUUUAAAUGAGCAUAAUACACGUUUAAUUUAAAAUAUAACGUAUAUCUUACAACUUAAGGUCCAUUUUUGAAAUCACAUGGCUGAAGGCCUUGUUUGAGUCGAUGGGAGUCCUUUAUUUUUAUUGUUAAAAUCCAUUACUGAAUUUUGAAUACGAAAUAUGAAAUAUGAUAUAUAGUAUAGCUAAAAUGCAUUUAGUAUAAUUGCAAUAACUACACUAAUGCAAAAAUAAUAAGAUUGAAAAUCUCUCAGCAAUGGGCAAAGACGGAUGAUAUUAUUUUGUUGUUAUGUGCAACGUACUCAUAUACACCGUGAUAUUUUAAUGGUUGUUUUCCCACAGUAAA